ACUUUUCCAUAACUUAUAUUUCAAAACAAAUCCCAAAUAAAAAUCUCAUAAAUUCCCAAUUAUGAAUCAAUUAAAUCAAUUGAUCAAUAUUUCUAUAUUAAUCUUAUUUUCCAAAGUAUGUGUAGUAAAAGCUCAAGAAUCUAGUACAGCCAAUAAUAAUCAGCAUGCAAUGAAUCCACUUCAUCCAAGCAUGGCAAUUGUCCUACUUGUCCUCUCACUGAUGUUCUGCCUCACAUUCCUCAUCGUAGCCUACGCUAAGUUCUGCCACAGCCCCACCGCCACCGAACCACCGGGCGGCGGCGGUGGGGCCCACGACCUGACCGGACCGAGAUCCCGUUUCUCCGGCCUCGACAGAACCCUAAUCGAAACCCUACCGUUUUUUCGAUUCUCUUCCUUAAAGGGCUCGAAAGACGGCCUCGAAUGCUCCGUUUGCUUGUCCAGAUUCGACGAAUCGGAAAUCCUCCGUUUGCUGCCAAAGUGCCGCCACGCUUUCCACAUGAGUUGCAUCGACAAGUGGCUCGAAAGCCACUCGAGCUGCCCUCUAUGUAGGCACAAGUUCGACAUAAAAGACCUCAAAAGUUUGUCGUACACGAACAGCUUCCGAAUCUCCAGUACCGACGAUUACGAUCAAGAUCAGCCUCCGAAUCUCGAGUUCUUCAUUCAACGAGAGCAAAAUCAAGAAAGGCCCUCUUCGAGAUUCAACAAUAUGGCAAACACUUUGCAAAGGCUGUACAAUAACACGGGGAAGAAAUCCGAAGAGCCCUUGAUUAUUAACAAUAAUCAAGAUUAUUCGAUUAUGCACAACGUUAAACACAGGAUUAUCGUAUCGGAUGUGAUGCACAAGAGCCGGUGGAGCGACGUGAACUCUUCGGAUCUAAUAUCGUUGAACUCGGAGAUGCUCAUGAUUAGUGCUACUUACGGCACCGGAUUCUCGUCUCCUAGCGGGAGGUUGACUUAUAGUAACGAGGUUUCGGCGAAAGAGCAGAUAUUGAAGAUCAAAGAGGAUAUGGAGAGGAAAAAGUUUGUUGAGUCAAAGGUAGUCGUUGGAAACGGUCAAACUAGUUCGGGUGAAAGUUCUAGCAUGAUGGUAACUUCGACGAAAUCGUUAGAUUCAGGUGAGAAGAGAUCAAUGUCCGAAAUUACGAGUUUUUCGAGAUUUAAAGAAUUGAGGUUCGGUAAAAAUGUCGACGAAGACGAAAACGUUGCAAGGGUUUGGUUGCCUAUAGCUAGAAGAACCAUUCAGAAAUUUGCUGAUCAAGAAAUUACUUCGGAUAAUCCUAGGUUAAAAUAUUCUGUUAAUAAUGUCUGAUUAAUUCUUCAUCUUUUUUUUUUUUUACAAAUUAAACUAGAGGUGUCAAAUUAAUUAAAUUACCAAUUUUAUUAACUUCUGCAGUAUAUGUAGAACUAACUUCAGCAAAUGCCAAUACCAACCAACACUGAAGAAUAUAAAUAAAAAAAUAAAAAAAUUAAUAUAUAUAAAUGCAUGGCCACGUGUACAUAUGGAACCAACUAGAAAUUGUAAAUAACACAUUAAUUAAUUAGUUAAAUAUUUGAUUGAUUAAUACAAUUAAAAUAUUAUAUAGUAUAUUAAUUAUUUGCCUAACUAAUAAUUCAGGCAUCAAUUAAACUUUGCUUUAAUGAGAAAUAGCAAUCUAUGGAAAAUAAUUGAGAAAACAAGAAGUAAAUUAGCAUAUGUUAGGACCAUAUUGGAUGCUGGUCCAAAACUAUAUAGAAUUAUAGAUUGUAGCCAUUUUAAUUCAGCAAAUAGUAGUUCUACUAAAGUGUACCCUAUCCUUUGCCAAUUU